AUGGGAUCCGCCGCUGAGAUCACCGACCCCACCACCACCGGGACCGAGAGUAAGCACCAGCCGUUACAAUUGGCCGAAGAAGAAGAAGAAGAAGACGAACAAGUUGUUGAGUUGGAUAGAAAAAUUCGUAAUGGAAAGAGACCCAAUACUCCGGACAGUAGUACUAUCACCACCACCACCACCAACACUAACACCAGCUCGUCUUCUAGCUUCUCCGGUGAUGGGAUCCCCGAUUUCCGCAACGGCGAAGGAGACCAUGUCGCAAUAGAGAGUUUGGAGAUCCCGGAGCAAAUAUCGGAAGUUGGAUUUCACGGGGAGCAUGACGGCGAAAACAAUGUCAACGUCUACUUCGACGGAGAACAAGGCUCCGAGUCAGCUGAUGCAGAACCUGAUGUUGAUGAGUCUCAAACUUCUGACCACUUGAACGGAGAGAAAAAGGAGACAGAAUCUGAAAAGGAUUCAACUUCCGAGGAGAAGAAAGGAUCCGGUGAAAUCGAAGAAGUACAAGUUGCUGAUUUGCCUAAGGAGGUGGAUGCUGUUGACCAACAACGCACUGGUGAUGUGGUAGAAGAGGAGAUUGACAUCGACGACGUUGAAGAUUAUGAGGUGGAGAAAGUGCUGGAUAAGCAGGAGACGCAUGAUUUGUUCUGUCCAAAGUGCAAUUCUUGCAUCACCAAAAUGGUUGUUCUAAAAAAAAGGGUUGUUCUCAAAAAGAGAAAACCGACGAUCCCUCGUGUGGUUGACGAUCCAAAGCGUUUGAGAGUGUCUCACGAAAGCGAACCUCUUAUUCAUUCGGAAGACGGUUUGCCACUUGCAGAUGAUCGUGAAAACUAUGUACAUGAAUCAUUCAUGUUCAAGUGCUUGUCAUGCUUUAGCAUAUUCAUACCAGCAGGGGUUGGUUCAAAGCCGAUUCCACCUAGUGAAGGUGUUGAGGGGUUAAAGACUCAGCCAAAGCCUACAGGCGAUUUCAACUGCUUCGGUUCAUUAUUUGGAUUUAAGAAACAAGAACCAGCUGUUCAACAAGGUGGGGCAAUGCCUAGAGUCCCGGAAGUUAAUCCACCGCGUGACAUCCUAAACGUUACUGUAAAAAUCCCAUCAGAAGCUCCAGUCCUUGUUCAGGAUGGUGCAGCAACUCCUAUUCAAGUUGAAAACCCACAUGAAACAAGCAAAGUUGUCAACAAUGGAGCUCCUGUUGAACAGGGGCAAAAGGCUCUGGUUCCUUUCGCAGAGGAGCAAACACAGCAAAAGAUCGAUAAGGAUGAUGCUAAAGCGGCAGACGAGAAACCCUCGUCAGGCAAAGGACGUCUCACCCCGAUGCAACCAUCUCAUGACAUGAACAUAUCAAACGAAGUGAUUAGUGGACCUGAUGGUUUCAGCGUAAAAACUACAAUUUAUGCAGACGGUGUCUCUCAUUCAUUUGAAGGAACAGACCCUAGACAGCCAGAUUUUGGUCUGGCCAAAGUAACAACAGAUGUGAUUGACACAGGUGACAGGGGAGUUAUCACCGGUCCGGCAAGCUCUAGAAUUGAUAUUGCACCGCUUCCAGUUAGUUCGCUGGGAGACGUGACUCUAACGGCACCGUUACUGACACCAGCUGUUGAAGGACGUAAAGUGGAAAUCUUGAAAAGCAUUGUAUACGGAGGUCUCAUCGAAGCCAUCACAAGUCUCGGUGUUAUCUCAUCUGCUGCUGGUUCCGGUGCUUCAACGCUGAACAUUUUGGUCUUGGGGCUUGCAAACUUGUUCGGCGGACUAAUUCUCAUAAUUCAUAAUCUCCAAGAACUUAGAGAUGAGGAUCCAAGAAUAACAACAACCACAACAACAACAGCAGAGGAGAACAAAGAACAAGGUCGGUACAAGCGACUCCUCGGACGAAGAGAGAACUUCACGCUCCACGCAACAGUCGUAAUCUUGUCCUUCAUAAUCGCGGGACUGCUCCCUCCUGUAGUCUACUACUUCUCAUUCAGCAAAACACACAACGUAAACCACAAAGUCGCGUCGGUUUUCGGGGCGUCUCUGCUACUCAUCGUCUUGCUCGCGCUGGCCAAAGCUCACGUGAAGACCCCGAGAGGCAGCCUCCUGAAGAGCGUCCUGUACUACACGAUGAUCGCUGUUUCGGUCUCGGGGAUUUCUUUCGUGGUUGGUGAGUUUGUGGAUCAUUUGCUUGAGAAGUAUGGAUGGUCCGAUGGAUCCGAAGCUCCAGCUGGACACAUGAUGCUUGACCUUAUGGGGAGAAAAGCCGGUGGCUUUGGAUACGCAUCGUCGUUCUGA